CUACCUUCAUUCCCCCGCGAGUAACUGUGUGCUAGUGACCGCUGCACUUGCUCUUCUUCAGACGUUUAAUUACCAUUAUUUCUUACAAAAAUUCUGAGUGUGAAAAAUUCUUGCCUGAAAUUCGUUUGAUUCGAUGAAGUUUUGAAUCCUAGUGAACUGGAUUUUUUGUCGCUAUUUUCGCGCGAGUGUUGAGAAAUUUCUUUCACGUUCAUUGUUGUUUGAUCGUCAAUUUAAAUGAUUCGAUCAGUCGUAUCGCAGAUACCUCGCAUCUCGUCUGCCGCGGCGGGCACCGCAAGCCAUGGCAGUCGCGCGUUCUCGGUGGCCGGCAACCUGGGCUCGUCUCACCAGCAGCAGCAGCAACGUCCCGUCAACCGCAGGCUGGAAGUCGACUUCCAGGAGCUGUCACUGAUGCUCUGCCUGCAGGACGUUACUCUCAUCGACGUGCGCCAGCCUGCCGAGCUCGUAUCCCAGGAACAGAUCCCAGGCUCCCUACACAUCCCUCUUGGUAACUUGCGUGAGGCGUUUCAGCUGAGCAGCGAAGAGUGGCAGCAGAAGUACGGCGUUCCGAAGCCCGCGAAACACAACAAAGCGAUCAUCUUCUACGCCCGUGGUCCCAUCGCCAGCAGUGCUGCUGUCGAGACGGCGCACAAGCUUGGAUACACCAAGUCUCGUCACUAUUACGGCGGUUGGGAAGACUACUGUCUUAAAAACAACUUGCCGGUGACCAAACCUCGCAACUCAGACGCUGUCGAGACUGCCAAGACACUCGAAGACCCUCUUCAGCCGCACUACAACUACCACUACUACAACCCCGACCUACACUACCUGUAGAGUGUGUCCAUUGCUGGUCAUGACCUACCUAGUUUCUGGCUUCAUUUACGCCCGUGGAGUAAACUAGUGUGAAGUAACUAAUGUUGAAGUGAAGAGAGCAUGAUCAAGGAAAAGGUUGUGGAGGUCUUCACUGUCACUUAUUUAUAUUAUCCUAGAGUCGCCUUGAUAGUUUUAUCAAGGAUUGUAUGCGAAACGGUAGAAAUGUAUUUGUGAUAACUUAUACGGCGCAUGACAUUCUAUCAUUUUCAAUGAUAACUCGGGUCUUCUUUGAAGGUCUACAAUGUUGACGUGUUCGGUGUCCACUAAUAAUACAAGUGUUGUUCGCCCUCGCUUCUUGGAGAAGUUAACAACAAUUCAGCGAUGAAAGCAACUUCCAACUUGCAAUAUUUCCCCUUUAAAACUAGUUUCAUGAUGUAAAAUUGACCUGUUGCAGAGUAGGAUUAUCAAGGUUGAAAGAAACUCAUCGAUCUGUCGUAAGGGUGGGGACUUCUCAACUCAUUAUUCGGGAAAUUUCUUUUUAAAUGAUCGCUCGAUCAUUUAGAUAAUCAGACAGUAGAUUGCCUGUCUUGAUUUGAAUGAAAUUACAAAUGUCUAGCUGUUGCAGAAGUCCCCUACCUGCAAGUGAAAGUUUUCUACAUUCAUGCUUCCAUGUGAAUCAUCCUGCUGUUUACCAUCCGUAGAUUUCACUGAUGAACAUGACAUAUAUUUGUUCGCUAGUAUCUGUGAUCCAUUACACUGCAUAUGCAUCUUCUCUAGAUUGUAAUUUCUGGCUUGGAUGAUGCAAGUUUUUUGUCAUAGUUGCAUCCGUGUUCCAUGUGCGCCUUGUAGUCAGAAGUAGCGCCUUGUAGUCAGACGGAGCUGCGCGGCAUUUACUCAGGUGCUUUUUCUAGAUAGAGCAACGUUUUGCUUUAGUUGCACCCCGUGCUAUAAACCUGCCAUUAAGUUAGGGUAUUGGGUAGCUUCUACUAUUAUUAGGUUAGUUAGGCGAUAAAAAAUAUGUGCCGAUGAUCUGUGAUUAGGCUUAUGAAAGGAACGGCAACGGGCAUUUUCGUAGGAAGUUUUAGCAAGGAAACCGGAGAAUAUUGCUGAUUAAUUUCAGAAUUAGCAGCAUUAAUUUAUAUGCUUGUUGGCCGAUUGGAGUUUUGCAUGUUGAAACAUUCCGUUAUGCUUUUUGUGACAGCAGCGGCAUGCUCAAUCAGCUAAAAUUAUUUUAACACAUGAGUGUUACCAACGUUGUCACGUUUUUCUGUACAAAAAAGUGUAACGUUG